UUAAGGUAACGUUUGUGUUCAGUGGAGCUGUUAUAAACAAGGAAGUAGCUGAUCCGAUCCUCAUGUUCCUGCCCAGCAAACCCUUUGCCCUAUCGACGCCAAAACACAGGGAUUCUGCAGCCUCUCUCUGCGGAAUUCGUGGGAAUCGAUAGAACCCGAGAGAUCGAUUUCGUCGUAGAAACCCGGAGCUAGGUUUUGGUGGAUUCUGCUCGAUACGCUGCUUUAAUGCUCUCUAUUUGGUUGAGCGCAGUUUGCUUAGGAGUUCAGAGAUAGGGAACAUGUCUAACGAGAAUCCUACUGAGAUGAAAGAGGAGGUUCCAGAGUUGGCUCCCUUUGAUCCAACCAAGAAGAAGAAAAAGAAGAAGGUAGCUAUUCAAGAUCCUGCUGAGGAGGUAGAAAAGCUAGCUGAGAAAACUGAAAGCUUAGCAGUUGAUGAGAUAAGUGGACCUAGUUUUGUGGGAAUGAGGAAGAAAAAGAAGAAACCUGUUGAAACAAAUUUUUUGAAUGAAGAUGAUGGAGAUGCUGGAGAAGAACCCAAUGGUGAUCAGAUUGGAGAGGACGAGCUAGGCGAGGGUAUUGUGUUAGGAGUUGUUCAAUACCCAUGGGAAGGAACAGAUCGUGAUUAUAAGUAUGAAGAGUUGCUAGGUAGGGUAUUUAAUAUACUACGGGAGAAUAAUCCAGAUCUUGCUGGAGAUAGGCGUAGGACGGUGAUGAGGCCUCCACAAGUCCUGAGAGAAGGAACCAAGAAAACUGUGUUUGUUAAUUUUAUGGACCUCUGCAAAACGAUGCACAGGCAACCAGAGCAUGUGAUGAAUUUCUUGCUUGCUGAAAUGGGAACUAGUGGUUCCCUUGAUGGACAGCAGAGGCUGGUGAUUAAGGGAAGAUUUGCUCCAAAGAAUUUUGAGGGUAUCCUACGAAGAUAUAUCAAUGAAUAUGUUAUAUGUAAUGGUUGCAAAAGUCCAGACACAAUUCUCUCCAAGGAAAAUCGUCUAUUCUUUCUUCGAUGUGAGCAGUGUGGUUCUUCGCGGUCAGUAGCACCCAUCAAAGCUGGUUUUGUGGCUCGAGUUGGCCGUCGUAAAGCUGGCACAUGAUCAGAAUGAUCUCCAUCUCAAUAAUGCUACUCUUCAACCAUUUCAAGAGGCUCUGCUUUGUUGUUCGUUUAUUUGAUCGCUGCACUUUUUAAAACAGUUUUGUGUCGUGCGAAUCUUUUGUUGAGAAAAGUUGUUGCUCCUACUUCUACAUUCUGUUUCUGCCUUCUUUAUCGUCCUGUUGUCUGCUUUUGAUAGCUUGUGUCCUUAUUCUGGCGGUAUUGAGUACAAGAUGGGGCUUGCUUGUGCUGAUAAUGCCACAUUUGUAUCAUAAAAAUCAGCCAACAGAUACCUCUUUAUGGUAUUAAAAUUUUAUUUUAUUUUAUUUUAUCAAAA